AUGCAUAACACUCGUUUUUACUCGUUAACCAAACUCAUGUCCACCUCUGAUCCAAUCGUCACGAAACCGCAACAUCCAAUUGUACCCCCAAACAACAUCCAGUUUGACCAUGGGAAAUGUUUCAGCGCUUGUAAUGUUAAUAACUCAAUUUUGAAAACUGGAAACUUCCUGGUAGAAUGUUAUUGGGGAAUUGGCAUGAUAAAUGUUGAACCAAAAAAAUAUCCAAUAUAUUGUGUGUUCGUAAAGUUUAGAGUAACAUUGCAAUUAAUACUCGUUGUUAUUGGUGGUUCCAUGCUUAUCACAAUUCAUUUUUGUGCCAGCAAAGUUGAAAAAAAAGAAAAAAAAAAUGUAUCCAAGAUAUUUCAGGAAAGCCAGACAUAUUACGAACCAUUUGUUUGUUCUGAAGGAAUUUAUAAUAACAAAUUCUUACUCGCGCCUUCGCCAAGAUUGAUCCACGUCAGUCAAAGCAGUAUGGGCCAUGGCUUUCUUAAUGAUCACAUGUUUAUAACUUAUUUUCGUGGAUGCCUGCCUCGUAAGGUCGGCUCGCCUCGCGUGAGAGGCACAGAAGUUCAAAACAUUCAGAUAGUUGGAAAGUAUUCGUGA